AUGGGGCUACGGAAAUCAAAUGAAGAUGCUUAUACGCCAAUGCUGAUCUCCAUUGGUCCUUAUCACAAGAAAAAGCCUCAACUUGGCUCCAUGGAAAAGUACAAAUUGUUGUACCUACAAAGGUAUCUCCGGAGGACACAUGAGCUUAAUGUGGAAAGUUGCAUCAGUAAAUUGGAGAAAAUAAAAAAUGCUUCAGUAAAGUGUUAUAACGACAACCUUGCCACUGAUAUUGUUGAAAAAUUUUCAGAAAUGUUGUUGCUUGAUGGUUGUUUUGUGGUUGAAUUUAUUCGAGAGGACUAUAAAAAAGAGGCAAAAGAAGACGACAUCAUCAAAUUGAAAUGGAUGAAGAAUCAAGUAUGUAGAGACAUGUUGUUACUAGAAAAUCAACUCCCUUUCUUUGUGCUUGUCAUACUUUAUAGCAUGACAGUACAUCCUAAUGAAGAGAACUUCUUGUAUAUGGUGAGAGAGACCUUACUUGAUACUUUUCCAAAGGCGAAAUUUAUACCCAAAUCAGAAAUUCAAGUUAUAACAGAACCAUUCGACCAUUUACUUGAUGUGGUACACAUGCUUUGUCGCCCAUCAGCUAAGAAAGGUGAACAAAACAUGAAUGAUAGCACGCAAAACCAGUGUUGCAAGAUAAGUUUUUGUGGCAACAGGUUGCAAUUAUCAAAAGAAAUCCCUGAAUCUCUUGAUUUUUGGCAAUGCUAUCAUAUUCCAACUGCAAAGGAGCUUUUUGACUCUGGGGUUAGCUUCUUAAAAAUAGGAUCUGUGGAAGAAAAGGAGGAGGAUAAAACAUCAUUAUUCGAUAUCACGUUUGAGAAGGGAUUAAUGAAAAUCCCAUGUUUUGCGAUUGAGGAUACUAUGGAAACCUUCAUGAGAAAUAUGAUAGCUUUUGAGCAACAUACUUCUAAAGACAUAGGAGAUGACAAACAAGUGGCCGACAUCUUCAAGAAACUUUCAAAUGGGGUGGCAAUGAUAAACUUUUAUUACAACGAAGAAUGCAGCAAAUUGAUUCAACAUUGUGAGAAGCCAUGGAGUCAAAUGAAGGCAAGUUUGAAGCAUAACUAUUUUCAGAGUCCUUGGGCAGGAGCUUCAACUGUGGCAGCUAUUACACUUCUUGUGCUCACAGUUAUACAGACUGUUUUAGCUUUUACCGGUUGUUCAACAUGUUCCUUAUCUUCAACUCUUCCUCUCAAGCUAGUGACUGGAGGAACAAUAUCUCAGUCUCUUUUGAUGAUUAAGGAAUUCCAUACACCAGAAAUCAAAAUCAUCCUCUAUAGGCGAAGGGAGGAAAGCAGUGGUAUCUAUAAAACAAAGAUAUGA